UGGUGACGCACAGCAAACGUGCGUCUUCAUUGGCUGAGUUGAUACGUCUUCCCCUCGCGCAGAUAUUUGAAAACGACUUUGUGAAGGAGGGAGAGUCACUAGGACAAAGAGGAAGAGUCAUCACAUCAGACAUGGCACCCAGGAAGAGGACCACGAAACAGCGGAAGAACAACACGAAGUGGGUGAAACUGGAAGUUUUUCUGGAAGAUUUCGACAUUGAAGUGCAGAGCAGAGUCAACCAGCUCAAAGGGAAGAUCAACCAGAUGCUGGCGGACAUAGACAAUGGCUACGAAAUGGCUCUUAUCAAACUACCCAGAGCUGUGAAGCAGAUGAUCUGGUUGGAGAACAUCAAGGUGGACAAACCGAAGAUUCCUGAGGUGGACAGCGUGAAGAGAGAAGAGGAGGCGGCCGCCGUCGACAACGUCGUCACUGAAGACCACACCGUCCUCCUGAAAUCUGUCAAGAAAACAGCGAAGAAGAAAGCUGGAUCCAAAUUCAGCUCGGAGGCCGAGAACACCCCGAGUACGACCCACAGGACCAGAGCCACCAAAAAACCUCCGACCACAUCCAAACGGGCCAAGGCGCUGACAAGCAGCAAGCAGAGCACCGGCAUCAGACGGUCCAGCAGGAAGCCUUUGGUCACUCCUGCCAGGACCAUGCUGGACUCGUCCCUGAUGAUGGGAGCGACUCCCCUCAUCACCCCACGCUUUGACCCGAGACUUCCCAAGACUCCGGCUGUGAGAGUUCCUCGCCACAAAGAGAGGGUGUACAGCAUCUCUGUAAACGGCUCUCCCAUCGCAGCGGGGAGCGAUGACAUCGUCAUUAACGUUCCCAUCGGCAAUGGAGAGAGCAUUCAGCUGCUGGCCAGUCAGAUGGACUCGGUGGACCUAUCUCUGCUGGAUGAGACGGCUCUGAGGAGCAUCCAGCUGCUGCAGAACCGCCUCACUUCUUUCUGCGGGACGAUGGAAAGAAACUGAUUCCAGCCUCACUUUUCUUCUCCUGGAGAACCGCCUCAGGGGUCCAACGUAGUUGUUUUAUUGUGGAUUUUUUUCUGUUUUUUGUAUCAUCUGGUUUAUCUUGCCACAUCUCUCAUUUUCCACGUUUUAUUUCCAGACUUGUAGAAACGUAAUUAAAACAAAGGUGAAACCU